CAUGAUGUGCACCCUUUUAAAAUGUGCAUGCUACCCUCAUAUGCAUCAUUGUUUUCAUCAUCCUUCUGUUACUAUUCCUUGUUCUCUUCCCUCUUUUUCUGUCGUUAUUCUUUUCUUCUGCCUUGCACUUGCACCUUAUCUUCAAAAUUAUGGGCAUGGCUGCUGAGUCACAGAUCCAUGUUUUGGCUGUUGAUGAUAGUCUUAUUGAUAGAAUGUUGAUUGAGAGACUCCUCAAAACCUCUUCAUUUCAUGUCACUGCCGUUGAUUCUGGUAGCAAGGCUUUGAAGUUCCUUGGUUUGGUUGAAGAUGAGCAGAGAAAUGAAAAGCCUCCCUCUGUCUCUCCAGAAACCCAUCAGGAUGUAGAAGUAAACCUGAUCAUAACUGAUUACUGCAUGCCAGGAAUGACAGGCUAUGAUCUGCUAAAAAGGAUCAAGGAAUCUAAAUCUCUUAAAGACAUACCAGUGGUGAUUAUGUCCUCAGAGAAUGUCCCAUCAAGGAUCAACAGAUGCCUAGAAGAUGGAGCUGAAGAAUUCUUUCUGAAACCAGUUCAACAGUCAGAUGUAAACAAGCUCCCUCAUUUGUUUAAAUCAAAAGCUAAAGAUGAGGAAGAACCAACCCACCAAUAACAAAGAAAAGGAAACAGAAGAAAGCCAUUCCCUAGCCUAAAAUAUUUGUUAUAGUUAAAAUUGAUGAAACAUAGAUAGUCCCUAUAACAUUUACCUCUCCUCUACCUCACCAACCAAUUAGUGAGGAGAGUAGAUGGUGGUUCAAUCAUACUAAAGAAAUGUGUAGAUGUAGUAUAGGCCCCCGAUGUAACUCGAGAAAGAAUU